CUGUUUUUUCAGAUCUCCCCUAGUACGUUUUGCAGCCGAGGACGCGAUGACGAUCUGUCUACAAUUUUGAAAAUCAUCGCUACUGCAAAGAAGUUCAUAUAUGUCGCAGUGAUGAACUAUAUUCCAAUAACACUUUCCUCCUCUGCGUCAAAAUAUUGGCCCAUGAUUGACGAUGCCUUGCGAUCGGCUGCGUAUGAAAAUGGAGUUGCAGUAAAGCUGAUCAUCAGCCACUGGAACCACAGUCACGAGCAGAUGUUUGCUUUUCUUCGGUCUCUGUCAACAUUUGCUGCAUCUCUAGAGAGGGGUUCUCUGGAGAUCGUAAGUCAUACUUUAAAAAAUUGUUUACAACUUCCGCCCAUCUUUCAGAAACUAUUUUACGUGCCUGUUUACAAUGAACGACAAGGUCGAAUACCAAAUUCCAGAGUAAAUCAUAAUAAGUACAUGGUCACAGAAGAAACAGCGUAUAUUGGUAUAACAAAAUGUCUUUCUUCCUGUAUUUUCGAGCCUUUUGUUGCAGGAACUUCUAAUUGGGUCGGCGAUUACUUUAUCGACACCGCUGGUAUCGGUUCAGUUAUCCAACAAGAAGAAAAUGAUAUCAAACAUGACUUGUCUGUCGUUCGCCAGCUGCAGCAAGUUUUCAUCAGGGACUGGAAUUCAUCAUUUGCAACGUAUCUGUGA